AUGUCGUCGAGCAAGACCUCGCAGCAGUCUGCGCCACCCCCGCAAAGCAGUAAGAUGCCGACUGAGAUGGAAAUCCCGCGCGACCAGGACGCCCUGAAGCGCGCCUCUUCGCCAAUCGCCACGCUGUCCAGCCACGUCGACCCUUACCCGCACUACAUCAUGUCGGGAGCCUGUGCUGGUGGCGGCCUCUACGCCUACAACACGCUGAGGAACCCCCGGGUGGCGGCCAUGGCGGGAGCCUUCUCCCUGGCGUACCUGUUCGCCGGUCGCCUGUUGGUGACCGGGCACCCGCAGCUUGGGUACGACAUCGGCACCAUCACCUCCGUGGGUCUGCUGGCCACCGCUCUGCCAGCUGCUCGCGCCACCGGCGACACGUAUUCGGUGGCCAUGUCCGCCAUGGGGGGCAUCUCGGUUUUGGCGAACCUGCUGAAGAGCUACCAACAGCGCACUGGCCUGCCACACGAAAUGCACGAGAAGACGUACGUGCCAUCGUACUUUGCUUUUGCCAACGUGUUAAGUGCCCAGGAGCCCCUAGCAGUUGCUGCACAGCCCUCAACUGCACAUCCCGCGGUUCGCAAUGACCGUUAG